AUGACUCAGCCUCAUGCGGGAAUUAUAUAUAAUCAAGCGAAAGCAGGGCUUACAUCAAAUUCGAAUGACAUAGCAUCGAAGGUUUAUGAUGCGUCUAAAGACACAAGAUAUUUCCAAUUACAAAAAGAAAGAUCAAAAAAUUGUGAUGCAACCGUUAGCAAGAUUAAAGAGAAAUUACGUUCUACUGGAGCAGCAGAAAUGGACUUUGCAGCUUACCAAGUCGAAGCUUUUAUAAAAUCUAUCGAAUCUAAAAGAUCUUACGAAACAACUUACAUGCAUUGCGAUUUAGAUUCAUUUUUCGCAUCAGUUGAAGCAUUACUUGAUCCAUCACUCAAAGGAACAGCUUUUGCAGUCGGCGGAUCCGUCAAAAGAGGAAUUAUUUCUACAUCUUCUUACGAAGCACGAAAAUAUGGCGUUAGAUCAGGUAUGGCAGUUUUCGUUGCUAUGAAACUUUGUCCUCAUCUAAAUGUUGUUCAUUACAACCAUGGCGACAAAUAUAUGAAUUUUUCUAAGCAAGUUCAAGAAGUUUUCAAGAAAUACGAUCCAGAAUUUGUCAGUUUUGGAUGUGAUGAAGCUACACUCGAUAUUACACCACUUUUAAACGAUAAUUUACACUCAGAUCAAUUAGCUAAGCAAAUACAGCAAGAAGUCUUCGAUAAGACGAAGCUUACAGUUUCCAUAGGUGUUGCACAUACUCCGCAACUCUCAAAGAUUGCUUCAGACAUUAAUAAACCUAAUGGAAUUUUUAUUGUCCCAAAAAACGACGAUGACCUUAAAUCCUUCCUUCAUACACUUCCUGUCAGAAAGAUUCCAGGUAUCGGUGGCGUAAAUGAGCAAAUUCUCAAAGGAAUCGGAAUUGAAACUUGCGGCGACAUUUUAUUGAAGAAAGCAGAGAUUUGGCUGACCAUGUCUCAUAAAUUCUGCAGAUUUGUCUUCUCCGCAGCCGUAGGAGUCCAACCGAGAGAAUAUGAGAGCGGACCUCAGCAAUCUAUCUCGAAAGACCGGACAAUCGAUGCAACAGAUGACAAGUGUACGCUCAUAGACUUGGUUGAAAGCCUGGCGAGGAAGAUUUCGAAGAAAAUGAAGAAAAUGAGAAUUGCUUGCAGAAAUGUUGCCGUGAAGUUCAAAGAUAUUAACUUCAAGGUGAUAUCUAAGUCGUAUACAUUCGAUUACGAUACUUCUGACGAAAGCGAUUUAGUAAAUGCGAGUUUGAAGUUAUUAUUAGAGGAAAGACAAGAGAGAUCAAUAAAACUGAGGCUAGUCGGUGUCAAAGCAACUAAUUUGACAUCUCCAGGCGAUAAAAAACAGUCAUCAAUUAAAAAAUUCCUCCAGGAAAAAACUGAAUCAUCUUCUCCGAAAAAAAUUGAUGUAAAAAUUGAAAAGAAGAAAAGUGACAUCCUAUCGUUCUUUGCAAAGAUGAAUGAAGAAAACGAGAAAGAAGAUAAAACUAAGAAGAAGAAACCAUUGCAGAUAGCUAUUCAUAUGAACAAGUCAAAACCAAAGAAAAAUUUCAUCCAAAAAAGUAAACCACAGAAGGUUUUGAUUUCUUGGAACUUAUAA